AUGAAACUAAACACUGAAAAAUCACUAUUCAAUUAUCCGAAAAGUGCCAGAAAGUGUCUUAUAGAGAUGAACAAUUUCAAUGUUUGUCCCCUCUCUGUUUACACAAAAGAAGACCAAAUUUAUUUUAAAAACAAAAUUCCCGAUUUUGUGCGAAAAAUUAGUGAACAAUCUUUUGAAGGUUCUCAAGUAGUUUCGAUAAAACUUCCGCCCUCUGUAAUUGAAAUUGGAAAUUUAGCUUUUAGUAACUGCUCUCACCUCUCAUCAAUUGAACUCCCAUCCAAUCUCAUGAAACUUGGUAUUUAUACAUUUGACAGUUGCAGCAGAUUGAAAGAGAUACACCUCCCAAAACUCGUAGAAGUAAUUCCAGAAUCUUUUUUUUUUCAAAUUAAGGACGUGUAUAUCGAUGAAUUGGUAUUUGUCCAUAACACACUCACAAAGAUCACAUUUUGUGGCAAAAAGUGUAUACCUCAAAAGACCUGUCGUUCUUGCCAAAAUUUGGAAGAAGUUGUGAUGGACAACACCGUCGAAAUUAUUGCAGAUUCGGCAUUUUCAGAAUGCACUUCCCUUAAGAGAAUUACUCUGUCUUCCAAUUUGGAAAUGAUUUGUAAAUGUGCAUUUUCCAAUUGUAAUAAACUCUGUCAAUUUCAAGUACCACAAAAAGUCCGAUUUGUUGGGAGUUUUGCAUUUAAAAAUUGUGAACAAUUGGACGAACUCAAUUUUAAUGAAAAUGUUGUGUUUGAAGAUGGUGGGUGCAUUGAACAAUGUAUUUCUCUGACCAAAUUGGAUGUUCCAAUUAAUUAUAUGAAACACUUGUACAAUGCAACUGAAAGUGAAAAGAUGAUUUUAGAAAGACUUCACAUUAAAGUUUCAAACAUGAUGAAAGAAGAAGAAGUCAAUCAAAAGGUAUUUAAAUUUGAAAAAUUCAAUGAAAAAGACAAUGAAAUUCGUGUUACUUCCGAUUACAUCCAUCUUGGCGACUUGGACGUGUUUGAAAUUAAUUUCAAUUACACAAGCGAUCAUUUAAGAGUCUACAUUCCUUCUAGCGUUGUCGAUACUAACAUCAAUUUAUACGAUUCCGACAAUCCCAUCGAAAAAAUUGUCUUCCCCGAAAAUGCACUUUUAAUUAACGAAAACAAUUAUUGUAUUAACAACGCGAAACGUAUUCAACUUCCAGACACUAUCACGGCCAUACCAGAAAAUUGUUUUUAUGUAUAA